AUGGCUGCCACUCCCAAUCACAUGCACUGUGACCUGGACGAUGCAAACCCGCGAUGUCUUCAGUCAGCCUUCGAGGAUUUCUCCAGUGGUCUCAAAAGACGACAGCAGGGCAGAUGGGCGGCCUUUAAGGUCGACGGAUUGGACAUUGCCGCCCUGGAGGUUCGCCUCAACUCGAUCCUCGAUAGACGUCCAACCUCGCCAUCAGGACUUAAGAAAUUCGGCCGGCAUAUCAUUGAUCAGCUUGUUCGGUACGCACCCGGGGUUGACCAGCUAAUGCAGGGACAAGGGCCCAUUGCGUCAGGGGUCUGGGGCUGCAUCCGAAUGGCCAUCAAUGUUGUCGAAGAAUACCAAACGAUUCCCGAAUUAGCGGUCAAGGACAUCAGGCGGGUUUUCGAGACUCUGAUACGCUUGAAGUCUCAUGUAGGUAGUUUCACUGACGAAGAAGAAAAAGCGCUUACAUCCGUCUACACACGUAUGCUCUGGCUCAUGCACGUUGCCGAUAUCAUUCUUGAGGACCGCAGAAUACGGAGGUUGCAGCGGUCGAUCCUUCGUAAAGGGACACUAAAGCUGGAGGCAAGGCGUGAAGAUCUGCAAGAGGCUGUCGAUGAAUUUGACAGGGUGUCAGGAUCAGCACAGAUUCGCGUUGUGUCGGUUGGCGUCCAGCGGCUCGGUGUAUGGACGCAGGAACAUGACCGUCGAGCGUCGGAAAUGCAACUAGCCCACAGUCGUGAGCGAGCCAUGGACGAUAUCAUGGACAAGCUCAAGGAAAGGACGGCUCCGCCCUUUCCAGUCCCCGAGCCGACGGAGGGGACUUGUCAGUGGAUCUUCAACGAGCCAGCCUAUGAACGGUGGGCUAAAGAGGACCAUCACUCCCUCCUCUGGGUUUCAGCUCCUCCAGUGACAAAACAGUUCAAACGCCUGCAUUCUUCGACCAAGUUUUUCACCUACGCGGGCUACUGCAACAGUGACAUGUUUGGCAGUGGCGACGAGACAGAAACGCCGCAUACCAUCAUCGGCAACUUGGAAACACUGGCAAGCACAGAGAAGGGCCGCGCAAUUGUCUUUUGCAGACCUUUGCCAAUAUUCCAGAAGUUCAUGGCUCCUGACAGGUCUCAGUACAAUUACCACUGUCUUCAAGAGGAACACUUCAGCAGAGCGUCCAAGGAGAUCCACACCAGGGCUGCCGGCUCCUUCCUGUGGGCUCGCAUGUACCUCAUCCAUCUCUCUAAAGCGCCUUCGCAGAGAACCCUUAAAGAACGCCUUGGUUCGUUCCCGGCCACACUCUCACAGGCCUACGACAAGAUGAUAUCCGCCAAUCAGGAGCACCUCGACAAGGACCAAGUGGAGCAGCGCGACUCCAUCCUGCUCGCCGUGCUCACAGCUCGUUGUCCACUGACAGUGGGCCAGCUCUCCGAGUCACACGACCUCCCUCGACAUCAAGGCGCCGAUACUGCUGUGAAUCUCUGCCUCCCAUUACUCGAGGUCCGUGACAAUCGCAUAAUCUUCACACACUCGUCCGCGAGGGAGCAUCUCCUUUCUCCUCCGCCAUCCAGGAAGUCACUUCGCCUGUCCCUCGACGAGUCAAACCUGUCCCAAGCCCUGAAAUGCCUCAACUGGCUUCUGCAAGUGGAAUACGGGUCGCCGGAGCGCAUCAAGUCGCUGGUGAGAUCAAACAACGACCUGGGCGAAGCGGAUUCGACCAUGGCCGUGGUUCGCCUCAGCGGGGGAUGCUUCCUCGACUACGCGGCUCGCUAUUGGUUCCUCCACGUUGUCGCGCUGCCGAAGCCACCCCGAGACCUCGUUGAGCUGGUUGGAAACUUCCUCGGCGCCAGGCAGUUCGUCUUCUGGGGCGAAUAUGUGACCGAGCGUGGCAACAGCAAGGAGUUGAUUCUGGUUGCCGAGAGAGAGAUUCGGAAGUGGCUGAGGCGGUUACCCGCCGAUCUGGGCGAUGCCAUCAAGCUAGAGGACUAUGUCAUGAAGCCUUACGAGGAGAUGAGCGAGGUCUUCUCCGAGACGGACGGAGACAAGUUGUUCGAGUGGCUUAUCCUCAUGGCCCUGGGCGAUUACUUCUAUGAGAAAGGGGACAAGCGAGCCUUUGCGUUGCGCAAGCAAGUGGCUGCUGGACUCGUCGAGUUGCGGGGCAGAGAAGAUCGGUUGUCCCUCAGGGCGCAGAGCCAAGAAGCCGCAGUCUACCUCUGGCAGGGGGAGAUGCGAGGGGCGCGAGAUCGCUUUGUGGAGCUGAGCAAGAUACAGCAGAGAGUCCUGGGAGAAGACAAGCCGGAUAUGUGGGAAUCCUUGGCUCAUACCGGGCGAGCCGAGUACUAUAUGAACGACUACGACAAUGCCUUUGCGACAUACACGCGUGCCGCCGGCGGCCUACGUCGGACGCUGGGUGAGAAGAGCGCCUUUUAUCUGGGCACGUUGGUGUAUAAGGCCCAAGUAUUGGUGAUGCAACGCAAAGUUCAAGAGGGCGCUUCACAGCUGCAGUCAGUCUACGACGAGCGCGAAGCCGAGUUUGGUCCCGAAGAUGGAUUCUCGAUUUACGUGCAGGGAUUCCUAGGCGAGGCUUACCGGAAAGAGGGGAAGUCAACCCUUGCUUUACAGCACCUGGAGGAAAACUAUCAGUAUCGCCAGAAUCAAUCCUCCUCCUCCAACGAUUACCUUGUGGUAGACGCUGCUAUCAGCUUGUUGAUCGCGUACCGCGAUUUCGGCAUGCAUGACAAGGCCAGCAGCCUGGCUCAGGAAGUGGGAAACGAUGUGGCAGCUCUCUUUGAACGACGAUGCCAACUAGUCCACCUCAACGGACUUUUAGGAGUUGACCGCGGUCAUGUCAGAGAGUCUAUCAAGAUGCUCCGGGAAUUUGUUGUUCAGACUCGCCGCGAAGACUACAAUCGUGGAUUCUUAUGGCUACUUCUUGAUCUGGCCACCCUCCUUCGACGAGACGAAAGGCAUAACGAAGCUAGCUCACUAUUCGAUAACCUGGUGGUUGUGAAGGAAGCGAGCACGCAUGCUUCUGCUGCUGGUGCUGAUGAGUUGGAUGAUGAACCCAGUCCCCCAAAGCUGCUUGAGUUGGCAGAAAGAGCUUUGACGCUGAUCAAGAAUGCAAAGCCUGUGUUGGCAAAUGAACUACUCGAAGGAAACAACCUUGUCUGGGUCAGAGAGAGAGACACGUGGUAUUGGGAAGCAGCUUCUCCUGCAGACACUGCCACAAUGAAAGGGCCGCGCUGGACGUAA